ACCACCCUACUCAAUCUCUUUAAUUUCCAUGCGCAUUCAACGAAACACAACAACCACCCCUUUUCAUUUUCAUUUUCACCUCCUCUAAUUCCAAAUUGCAUGGAAACACAACCUUAUUCCAUUGUUUGUACCUGAGAUAUCAUAGAUCCGGAUGGCUUCAAACUCACACAACAAUAACAAGGAAAACUCAAAUUCCUCUUGGACACGCAUGCAGAACAAGCAAUUCGAAAGAGCACUUGCCUUGUAUGAUCGAGACACCCCAGAUCGAUGGCAAAACAUAGCCAAAGUGGUUGGUGAUAAAUCAGCUGAGGAAGUUAAGAGACACUAUGAAAUCCUUUUGGAGGACCUUAGCCAUAUUGAGUCUGGACGUGUUCCAAUUCCCACUUAUAAAUCCAAUCAAGAGAGGCCCCUCAAAUAUCUUAAUCAGCAAUGAAUUUACCAAGUCAACUCAAGUUUCUUUAGCCACUUACGUUCGGAACAACACAUGAAUGCAAGAUUAAACACUAUUCUACUUUCCUUGUUUAGCUAAUCUCAAUUAUGUCCACCAAACUUUUACCAAUUUACUUCUAUUUUUUCAGUUCAGAUUCUAAGUGAACAAUAUAACCUGUUUGAUAGUGUUUCAUUGUCUAUUUCAAAAUCCUUCUUUAUAAAUUCAAUUUUAAUACCAGAUUUUUUUAUUUUUUUUGGUAAAGUAAGUGAAGUACCAGUUCUUGCAAACAAAAGAAAUUAUAUAUUUGACAAAUUGGGAAUCUCCCCUCUCUUUUGUCUCACAUAUGAAGUUAUAAAGGAACAUGAAAGUCAAAGGGUGAGAAAAGAGGACACAAAUGACAACUAUGUACAGUGUGUUUGGAUUGGAGUUGCACUCCGUUAAACAGAAAUUACUUCCCUUGCUUCUAUUCUUUUCCUUGGAAAGAGAAAUGUUGUUUGUGUUGUUUCAAACGCAUUUUCAAAUAUACACGUAAAGAUGUUCCAAAAAGUUGUUUGGUU